AUGAAUCAAAGUUCUGAUAGUAAGAGAAGAAGGAUAGAUAGUGAUAUUAAGAAUGAGGGAGGAAAAAGCACUUACGUAUUUGAUGAUUUUAAUAAAAAUGAACUGGUAGCUUCAUCCAAAGGAAAGGAGGGAAUGAGAGAAGUACCUAGUAAUGCACAUAAUCUUUCCAGAGAAAAGAAUGCAAAUGGAAUAGAGGAAAACAGCGAAUGUGCAGAUAAAAAGAGCAAAGAUAAGGAAGCGUACUAUAGCAACAAUGCUAUUGAUACGAGUGAGCAAAAUAAAGAAGCCCUCAAUAACAGCAUCGGUGCUAAGAGGAAUAAACUAAAUAAACAUAAAAACAAAAAUAAAAACGAAAGAAAGUUAAAUAAUUAUAUAAAAAAUGAAUUAAUAGUUGAGAAGGACGAAGAAGACGAACAGGUUGAUGAAAAGGGCAUUUGCUCGUAUAGUAUUAAUAAAGAUAAAAGUAGACAAUCAAAGCAUUAUUUAAUACAAAAUUUACAAGAUAAGAGUGCACUAUUAAAUGAUCUCACUAUGAUUGAAGAAAAUAAAUUGUAUGUUAAAAAUGUAAAAGAAAAUAUAACAAAAAAAGAUUUAGAAGAAUAUUUUGCAAAUAUUGAUGGAUAUGUAGAAACAAGAAUUGUAUUUAAUAAUUCAGGAGUAUCUAGAAGAUUUGCUUAUAUAGAAUUUGAUAGCAAAGAAAGUGCAAAUAAUUUUAUAAAUAUGUUACAAGAUAGCAAUGUAAAAAAUUAUAAAACUUUUACCAUAAAAAAUGUAAAUCUGUAUACAUCGAUAUCUAAACCACAGAAAACCUUAUAUGAAGAAAAAAAGCUAUUCAUGAAAUUUACAAAAUGCGAUAUUCAAAAUGAGGAAAACUUAAAAGAAAAAAUUUUACACUUUUUUUCGAAUCAUUCUGUUAGAGUAACUGAUAUUAGGCUUCUGGGGGAAGGCGUUGACAAACACGGGUACCUAGAGGUGGAGGAUAACGAGAGUGUUAUAAAAUGUGUAGAGACUAUAAAAGAGUGCAGAGUAGAGGAUACUCACUUUAGCUUACAGUACUGCAUACCAAUAAUUAAGAAAAAGAUAAUAUAUAAUAUAGAAAAAAUAAAAGAACAAAAGGAAAAAAGUAAACAGUUGAAAGAAGAACAGAAAAGAGAAGAAAACAGCUGUACCAUUGUAGUAAAGAAUUUACAUUAUAAUACUAGAAAAAAUAAACUAAAACAUUUUUUUGAACAGAUAGGUGAAAUAGAAAAUAUAUACUUAAGUAAGAAGGUGUCCGAGAAGAACAUUAAAAGAAAUAAAGGGUAUGCGUUUAUUACUUUUAAAAAUGCUAAUGAUGCAACAUCUUCUUUAAUACUAAAUGAUUCUAUUAUAGAUGGUAGAAAUAUUCUAAUAUCUAAAUUUUUUGAAGAUAAUAAAAUUAAAAAAAAUGAAACUGAUCAAGCAAUAAUGCAAGUGGUUGGUAAGGAGAAUGAAAAAUUACAUGUAGACACAACUGAAGAACACAUACAAAAAAAAAAAAAUCCAUAUAUAUAUUAUAAAAAGGAAAUGGCUACUCAAGAAAAAAAAAAAAAAAAAAGAAUUAAUUUAAGUAAGUCCAUUAAUACUAAUGUACCAGUGGACAAAAGGACGGAUGAAACAACGGGUCCCAUGACAAACGAAGAUUUUAGAAAACUUUUUUUUAAAUAA